AGCACCAUCAUAUUUGGGCUCUCUGUGUAAUCCGUAAUAUUCUUCUUCCUUUCGAUCAUCCCUAGAUUUAAGUUUUUUCAGCCAAAAAGCUCGCAAUGUCCGCUGAAUCAGCAAGCGGGAUUCCGAAAGGCCAGGUUGAUCUGUUGGAUUUUAUUGAUUGGUCUGGCGUUGAAUGCCUCAACCAAAGCUCCAGUCACUCUUUGCCCAAUGCUCUGAAGCAGGGGUACAGAGAAGAUGAUGGAUUGAAUUUGGAGAGUGAUGCUGAUGAGCAACUUCUCAUCUAUAUUCCUUUCAACCAAGUCGUAAAGCUGCACUCUUUUGCCAUUAAAGGCCCUGAAGAGGAAGGUCCGAAGACUGUGAAACUCUUCUCGAACAAGGAGAACAUGGGAUUCAGCAAUGUCAACGACUACCUUCCGAGUGACUUUGCCGAGCUAUCUGAAGAUAACCUCAAGGGAAAGCCGGUUAUCCUUAAAUAUGUCAAGUUUCAGAAUGUUCGGAGCUUGACGAUAUUCAUUGAAGACAACCAGUCAGGUUCGGAGGUCACAAAAGUUCAGAAAAUCGCACUCUACGGGACAACGGUGGAGACGACUGACAUGAAGGGCCUGAAAAAGGUGGAGGAUCAUUAAAAGCUUCUUUCCAUCUAACAAGAGGGAGAGGGAGAGAGAGAGAGAGAGAGAGAGAGAGGCUCUUUUUAUACAUUCAAUCCCUUUGAACCAAUGGAAUGAUCAAAUAUGGGGUUCUCAUUGUGUUGAGGCACUCUUUAUGUUUGUUUCACUGAACGCGUUACAAAAAAAGUUUUUUU